AUGGACGAAUCAGAUGCAGUGGACAUGCUGCCAGCUCCCCUCUGGCACCACAUAUUCCGCCGCCUGCUGCUGCCACCAUCACAGCCGGACGAUCCUGCAGUCAUCGCAGAGGAUCGCGAUGAACGCGCCUUGCGGAUGCAGCGCGCAGCUGGAGCGCAUCUGAGGGGUGCGGUUCUACGAGUGUCUCCUGAUCCUGACUGUACGGGUAGCGAGCGGCACAGGAGAGAUGCGGACAAGUACGGGGCUUCCUGGCCUCUGCUGUGCUGCGCUCUCGCCUGCAAGAGCCUCCUGCAGCACGUCCUCUCCUUCUCUCCGAUCUCCCUCAUCUGCAACCAUCACUACCCGCAGUGGAUGGACAACAUCCGCUUCUUCCUCCACCACCGCGGUCUCCACUCCCUCGACCUCACCUUCACCAAACCAGAGCACCUGCACAUCCUGGGUCCCCUCAUUGCACGCUCCAGCGCCUCCCUCACAUCCCUGGAUCUGGAGCUGCAUGUCCGACAUGGAUUGCCGAGUCGCGACGGCUUUACACUGGGCUUCCUGAAAGACUACUCGCAGCUGCAGCAGCUGAAGCUGGGCCGGGGCGAGUGGAAACUGAAUGAGAGUUGUGCGAAUGCAGCGUGGAUGCAGUCACUGCGCUGUCUGACCCUCGCACACAUGGAUCGCAUUGCCUUGGAGUAUGACUUUCUAGACUCCAUCACACCGCAGCUUACCGAGUUUACUUUCUACGAGGCCCGCCGCAGCUUCUGCCUCCGCACCAUCAGCCACAGAUUCAGUUUCUCCAACGUUCGUAUCCUCCGUUUCCUCUUCCUAGACUGCAACCUCAAACUGAAUCUCAACCUCCCACCCUCCCUCACGACCCUCUCUGUCAUGGCUGACUUUGUCCAGCUCACCUGCCAUUCAGACAGCCCUUUCGCUCUCCACCAGCUCAUUCUCUACGCCCAUGCCGAACUCCACGCAUCUCUCCUCUGCUUUGCAUCUGCCAGGGUUAUCUGCUUGAAUGUUCCCGCAAGAUAUGCUGUGUACCAUUCGCUCGAGGAAUUCUCCACCGAACCACCUUCACCCUGGCAGGACAAUCCCAGUGCCAGCUCAAACUUUUCCUGGAUGAGCUGGCUCCGCAAGGUUGCUCCUACAGUGGAGGUGCUUAUAAUAGAGCAUGAGGUCCCUUUCACUAAAUUGAAUGUGGAGUGGCAUAGCCUGCGCAGCCUUGGGAUUUUCGCACAGUACACGGAAGUGGACGAUGAUGGUCGGGAGAUUGAAAAGGAUUGGGAGACUUCUGUGGAGGACAUUUAUCGUCUGAACAUGCUGGAUGAACGAGAGUUUUACGAUGGGACUGGAUAUGCCGAUGAUCCUGACCUGGACAAGCUGACGGCUCCUCCUUGCAUCAAGGCCCCAAACCUGCACGCCCUCUUCUUUCCAAGUGAAGGGUCGGAUGAAGAGAGUCUGUCAACUCUGAAACGCAACUACCCAUUAUAUGAAUAA